AUGUAUUCAUAUCCUCCCGAGUACUUGCUUCAUCCAACGCCUGUAUUGGCUUUGUAUGGACUAACAAUAACGAAUGAAGCAAAACUAGUUGAUGUGGAUACUCAAGAUACCGAGCCAACAACUCGAUCGAACCUUGUAAAUCUACUUUUGAAUAUAUUUACAAGCAAGACAGAUUAUACGUUGUAUGAAGCUCCUAAAUAUCUAUCAAAUAACCAGACACUACCACCAUUUAGAGUGAUUACCGUCUCAAAGGAUUAUACAUUACCUCAAAGGGCACCACCAGCAGCACCUAAUUUGCCACCACCUCAUUCCAACUUGUCACCCCUUUCACAAGAUUCACCACUUUAUCCUGAUGGCGUCAUGACACCACUUUGGAUUAAAAAGCAUUUAUAUUUACCUAGUGUAGUUGUUGGUUUUUAUGAUAUAUGGGAAUCCGAAGAAAAAGCUCAACGUGAAGUAGGUCCUUUAUCUUCACAGGUACUUAUUGAUCCAGCUGAACGUGAGAAUGAUACGAAUUUAGCAGCAGAAAUAAAUAGUAGACGAAAAUAUUUUCAAGAUAAAGGGAUUAAGUUUGCUGCAGCAAUCAUAUUAAAGCGUCGAUCUUCUGAUGCAGCAAUAGAUGAACGUUUAUCAUCUAUAAGGAAGCAAUGCGGCUUAGAUACAAGAAGCUCAUUUUUUACGAUAGCACCUGGUUCAUCCUCUGAGGUACAAGAGUUUGUUAACAGCUUAUAUCGAACACUAUAUGAGCCAGCACUCUAUUUUUAUAGUAAUCGACUCAAAAAGAUUCGUAAAAAGAAAUCAAAACUUCCUUCACCUUUAACUAUGCCAAAACCUAUAAUCGAUUUAUCUUCAACAGAACCUCAACCUUUAUCAAUUAUUGGUUGGAUCUUACGAUACGAUUUUAAAAUUGCCUUUUUUCAGGAAAUGAAACAAGAAAUAGAUGGCGCAUUAAAAUCCUAUGAAGCUGCUUAUAACACUAUAUGUGAACUGUUCGCACCUAAUUCUUCACAAAAUGUCGAACAUGCUAUUUUGGUACCAAAUGGGAAGAGAUGGAAGGAAGCACGGAGUUUAGCAGAUUGUAUAAAUAUAAAAAUUUGUAAAUUUAACCUUUACUUGAACGAUCCUUUGGCUGCAGUUGCACAGUUAAACAGACAUUUGCAUAUGUUUCAAUCUUAUUCACCUAAUUGGGGUAUGGGUGAGCAUACUUUUGAAUAUUGGGCAUGGCUAUCGAAACAAUACCGUAUUUUCGGGGAUAUUGUUGAUGCAGCAGUUUAUGCGGGAUAUAAAAUUCCUAUUCCAACAUCUUUUUCAUCAGGAAAUUUAUCACUUAGUAAUGGGAAUUCAGGAGGAUGUAAUCCAGGUGCUAUUCUUCAACAUCCAGGAUUCUAUUAUCACUUAGCUGCCAUGUGCUGUGCAGAAAGACGAAGACAGUUUUUAGAGAUGGAUCGAUCUGAUACAGCAGCUAAUAAUUCACUUUUGCAGAAUGAAAGGCUCGUAGAUCAUUCGAGUUUAACAAUUGAGUUGUUAACUAAGAGUUAUGAACAAUUUAAACGUUAUCGAAAUGGAAGGAUGACCCUUUAUUUAGCAGCAGAAAUUGCUGGCACUUACUACGAAACGGGAAAGUUUGAUAUGGCAAUCAAGUUCUUUGAACGUAUCGGCAAGACCUAUCGAAAAGAAAAAUGGAAUAUGGUCCUUACGUCUAUUUUAAGAUGGUCAUUAAGAUGUGCUAAGGAAUUAGGUUCAUGGGAAAAAGCAGUUGAAUCACUUGUAGAAUUAAUGUCAGAUAAUUUACCAAUAGCAGAAAACAAGCGACAUGAUAUUCAAAAAGAAUUGAUGGAUAUCUUGAAUAAUCAAUCGAAUGAUAUGCCACUUAUCAUUCAUAUGGAUCAAAUCAAUGCCUUUGUGACAUGUCAAGUACAGAUAAAACAACAGACGAAUUUCGUAAGUGCUCCUGUAGAGUAUCAGAUCACAUUAAAAACAAAUAAGGCAUCGCCUUUAAUGCCAUUCCGAUUUAAUGCUGCAAGGAUUAUUUUUAGUGAUCCUCAAUAUAAUCUUAUUUUACAAGAUAGUAGUCUUGAUAAAGAUCAACCAAAGUCCAUUGAAUUGAUCGAAUUUUCAAAUAGCCUAUCAAAAAUUACUGAACCUGGCGACUAUGAAAAUUGGUUCACUGCUGAAGCUGAUCUAAGAGUCUUCAAAGAUCAAAUAAAAGUACUUCAUGGUUGCGUAAUACCACAAGAUUGUGGUGAGUUGAAGAUAUUGAAUGUCUAUUUGGAUAUUAUUACAUCAAAUUGGAAAGUAGAAUUGAAAUACGAUUUAGAUAAAAUAGCAGAGGAUCAUCCAAUCACAAGGAGAAAAUGGCUAGAGCAUGCUCCAGAUGAAAAGCUUGUGUUUAAAACCCUUGAUGGUCAUGGUCAUUUGUCAUAUGCAAAUAUUAUGCAGAAACCGCCUAGUAUAGAUUUGACAUUUGAGCAUGCUGCGCCUGCCAUAUUAGAUGAGCUCUUUAAAGUUGAUAUGACAAUGACAAACUUAGAAACGGAGUCUAUUGAAGCUAUUUUAUGUGUUGAAAUCAAAAAUUCCGAAUCUACUGUUAAUGAUGACAUUAUGUUUACUACAGAAGAACAUGAUACUGAAGAGAAGGAAAUAAGUUUGGGUAUUAUCAAUCCAGGAGAAUCAAUAAUAAAACCAAUUUAUAUUCGUGGUCGACUAGUUAUAGGAUCUAGACUAGUUAAUGUUACUAUCAAAUACACAAUUGUUGGGAAAACUACAAAAUAUGUAGAGAAAUCAGAAUCACUUCGUAUUCCAUUUAUUGCUCCUUUUGAUGUUAAUUUUGAAUUAUGUGCACAAACAGAAAGAUUAAAAGAAUCAAUGGCUCCUAUCUUAGAAAGGUCAGAAAGAUGGCUUUUGGUUGCUUCAAUUCGUUGUUUCUCUACAUGGGAUCUAGAUAUUCAAUACUUAACAUUAGAAGAAAAUAAGAUUUUUUCUCAUCCAUAUACCUCUUUAUCUUUAAUAUCAAAGAUAGAUAAUUUUGAGGAUCAAACUUGGAAGCCUGGACAUGUAUAUAAUGCAAAUUAUCUAUUUCAACUCUCUACCACAGAUAUUACAGAGGAGCAAGCGUCUGUUCCUGCAGGAACAAUUGUAAUUAAAUGGAAGAGAUCUGGAAUAAAGGAACAUCAAUAUAAUACAUCGAUAAUUCAACUUCCUUCUAUUCAAUUCCAACAACAAGAUCUCGUUAUACUUGCUGAUAUACCGUCUAAAAUUUAUUUGAGUGAACCAUUUACUUUGACUUAUACCGUUUAUAAUCCAACUAAGUACUUGGCAGAUUACACUAGUUCUGUAGAGUUGAGUGAAGCAUUUGUAUUUUCUGGUUACAAACAAUUUAAAGGCCGUGUGUUACCAUUUUCUAAAGCUACUUAUCGUUAUAUAUGCUAUCCAUUAUUGGCAGGUAAAGUUAAACUUCCUCGACUUAAAGUCAUGGCUAGUCAACAACAAGGUGGUGAAAAAGAUGUUCCAAUACAGAUUAUUGGUAGUGGUAUAUCAACUACUUUAGAUAAUAGUUUACAAACGAAAAACAUACAUAAUCCUUUAGAUCAACCAUUAUUUGCAUUUGUUAAUGCAAAACGAAACUUGUAA